CUUUAGUUCCUGUUGGGAAUUUUCACUUUCCAGCUACACUGGAGCAGAAUAAUAUACUUCCUGUUCUCGGUGGCUGUCAUAUUUCCUUUCCGAAUGAUUGUGCGGAGAAGUAACUUCUACUCUUCGGAAACCUGUUGAAUUUGGGGUUGUUUUUACGGAACUUUCCCGAGAUGAUGAGCUCUUCACUAUUUGCGAGAGUGGCAUUUUACCCUUCUCUUCUCUGGGGAAUUGUAACAGAGAGUUCGACUAAAAGAUGGUAUGAUCGUAUAGACACACACAUCCUCUUGGGUGCUUUGCCGUUUAAGAGUCAAACCAAAGAAUUGGUGGAAAAUGAAAAUGUCAGAGGAGUAGUAACCAUGAAUGAAGACUAUGAAUUACGAUACUUUUCCAACAGCAAAGAGGAAUGGGCAAGUUGGGGAGUGACUCAGUUGCACUUGGCUACAGUGGAUUUUAAUAAUGCACCGUCCCAAGAGAUGCUAAGAAAAGGAGUUGAAUUCAUUGAAGAAAUGAACCAGAACCAAAACAGCGUGUAUGUUCACUGCAAGGCAGGCAGGGGACGCAGUGCCACACUUGCAACAUGUUACAUUAUGAAGGCCAAAAGGUUACAACCAAUGGAUGCUUACCAAUACGUCAAGAGUAAAAGACCUCACAUACUUAUUGCCUCUCGGCAGUGGGCUGCUAUUGAACUGUUCUAUAAGAACCUAUUAGAUCAAGGUCACCAUGAUGCAAUAUAAAAUAUUCCACUAUAUACAUCUACAUGCAAUGAUGGUUUUUGAAUGUUGACAGUCAAAUUAUUUAUUUCUGUAAACAGAUUUUUCACAAAAUCAUUAAGAAAGCUAAACUCAACACCUUUUAUAAUUUAAGUGUAUACUUUUUUGUGUAGUUAGCUUUAAAAUGAUUCUUACACUAACUGUAAACCACCCUGGGAUGGUUCAAUUGAAUCCAGGAAGACUUAAAUGAGGGUGUACACCACAGGAAGCCUGCCCCAGCACAUCCUGUCAGGAAACAUGUCUCAUUUUGGGGGCACAGCACACCAGAGAGCCCCCUAGAUCACUUUUGACAGUAGUCAACUCCUCCUUGUUUGUUUUGCUGACAACAAUUUAUGAAGCUUCAGCAUUUAAAAAAGCUUGUCAGAAACUUAUCAAUUUUGUUCAUUAUUUUAUUAUUUUUUUUUUAUUUUGCCAUUUUGUAAUUAUAAUACAUCUGUAGAAAUAAAAAAGGAAUUACAUAUACAUUAAUGUGUUAUAGCUGAAGAUUUAGGAAACCCAUUGGGAAACCAAGAGGCUUAUGUGAGCUACAGACUCCUCAUAUUUUACAAAAAUAAAUAAUUAGUUAAUUUAUAUUAGUGAAAGAAUCAAAGAGGAAGCAUCAAUUCUCUGUUACUCUGAGUUUCGCGCCUAAGCACUCAUCAGGCAGAACUUGCUACCACAGCAUUGAGCACUUUAUGCCAAGGUAGACUCUACCCCCACAUUUAUAAUUUGUCAAUUUAUUUAUUUUGCCAUUUAUUAUAAUACAUCAGU